CAAUCGGUGGCGCGACCGACGAGACGACGAAGACUGGGCGCGUCACGCUCGACGACAAGGCCGUCCCCCUCAUGCAGAUGGGCCCCACGUUCUUCGCCUACCACGCCUCGCGCCUGCCCGCCCUGCACCACGCCGCCGCGCGGGGCCUGCUCCCCCUCCUGCAGAACGCGGACGGCGCGUCCUACAUCUUCGUGAACGGGGGCUCCGGCAGAAACCGCAGCCCCAUGCGGGUCAACACGCACUCCAUCUGGGGCCUCGCGGAGGCCCUGCGGCAGGAGCUGCGGAGCUCCCCGGUGCGCGUGGAGGAGCUGCGGGUGACCUGGAGUUCAACCGGUUGCAGAAGGAGCGGGAGCUGGACCCCCGUCCUUCGCCGCUGA